AUGUUCCCGUCGUCUGGCCUCUUCGCCUGGCUGCCCUGUCCUUUCCCCCAGCGCUGCUGCAAACGACCCCAUUGCUGGUAUAAACAUGCCGAAGACGGGCGACGUUUGCUUGGGUACACUUCGCAGUCUUCUUCGUCUUGGUCGUCAUUAUCGCCGGUCGACGUAACAGUAUCGUGUGCGACGCAAGUUGUACUCGACGCCAGAGAUGAGUCCUUCCAAGAGCUCGAGCGCAUCAACAAGAAGAUCGAAACGGCCAAGUACGAAGUAGAGCAGGAGCGAAGGCGGUUGUCACGGUACCGUGCCGCAGACGUCGCUCCCACUGAGGCAGAAGGCGAAAAUGCAAAUAAAGGUUGGUGUGGACCUGGUAUCAAAGCGCCCUCCCAAUCCGGGAAGUAUGUGCUUGACAAUUCCAAGCCAAGGACCGACUUGGAAUACGACCCCAUGUCCAACUUCACAGCCGAAUUCAGGUCCUACAAGUCGUCUGGUAAUGAGCUAAAAGGGAAGAGUGUGCACCAGGGUGAAAGAAAAAACCCAGUCAGCCAUCAGGUGGUGCAAUGCUGCCCUCCUACCCCUAAGACACAAGAUGACUCCUACGAUGACAGCAUACUGAUAAUUGACAUACCAGCCUCGCCUGACAGGAAGUCUCCUCAAGAUCGCUGUGAUCCCGCUACUCGCAUGAGACCAGAGCAGGAGAUGGCCUGGAACGACGACUGUGACGCAUCUGCAAGUGUGAUUGACCUGACAGAGUGUGUGGAAGGCCUCGACGGAAAGUGUCCCGAUUCGGAAGUUGGUUGUUUUCAGCCUGCUGAAUUUGAAAUUGACCAAGAUAACAAUUUGGACGACGAUGACAAGUCUGUUUGUGUCGAGAUUACACGGCAAACCACAGAGUGCCAUCCAAUCCAGAAAAAGCACUGCACUACACCUGACAGCCAUCAGGAGCCAGCAGAGGCCUUCCCAGGCACCAGCCACCUCCAGCCCGAAAUCGGCUCAUCUCCCAAGGAGCUUCUUUCUUGGAAAGCGGGCAACGAUGCCGUCAUCGUCAUCGGUUCCAGCUCCGACGAGGAUGAAGAACAAGAAGAGCUGGACAUGGAGCUCUCUGACGGCGACCCUAUGGAGGAGUGCUAUCGCAUCUUCAUGGAAGCCAACAACGAGGAGAGCAGCAGCCAGGAGCAGCCAGAGGUGCCUGUUCCAGGGGCAAAAAGGAGGCCACAGCCUCUUGUUCUUGUUCCGCUGCAAGGGCCAGCAACCCCAUCCCUGGCGUCUCGGCCUGCUACCGCCGCCUUGCCUAAGACUCAGCAGGUCCAACAGAAGGCGGCCAUUUUGACGGCAGCCUUGAAAGGAGGCCAAGCGUUCCUCUCGUCCAUCGGUCAGAAGAAGCAAGAGAGACAGUCCAUGCUCUCUCUUCCUCCCGUAACGGCCCUCAGCGCUUUGCCUGCUACUCAACGGAAUGCAUACAUCAAUUACGUACCCGUGGGCUCUGCAGUGCUCAACGUGGGCAACAACUUGCGCCUGAUCCUCCCUCAGGGUACACUGCCCAUCACCUCUACCUCCAGCGACGUCACGUCCGUUCUCACCCCCAUCACUCAAUUGGGCCUGGCCACCAUUAAUGCCAAGCCUGCGACAACGUCUGCACAGAAGUAUCGUCCCACCACUCCACUGCUCAUUCCCGCCGCCGCACGGAGACUCUCCCAGCCCUCCUCUGCUUUGGCACUUUUGACCGCCGCCAGUAACACACCCAGCCAAGCAGCUAUAAUUAAGCCGGGAGUCACCAAACGAAAAGCGAAGCAGCAAUGCGAGGCGGCCAAAGACAAAGUGCCCCGUGACAUCAGACAGCGAUACGUGACCCAGUUCACAGAGGUGUUCCUCGACACCAGCACAAACAUUGAUGAGGCCUUCAAUAAGGCCCUGGCAGAGGAGAAAACUGUGUACAAUCGCAGUGUCAACAAACUGAAGUAUCUCAGUGUUGCUGUGAAUGCGCUGAAGAGGUUGAAAAAGCAGAAUUCCGCCGCUGCUAGUGAUGAGAAACUCAACGGCAAAAACCACAAAGGAAAUAUUCCACUCAACCGGAAGAAGCUAAAAGAAAAUGAUGACACUUCUUUGUAUGAUAUUUUGAGGGAUUACGUUCUGAGUGAGGAGCAUCUGAUCGAGAAUAAUUAUCCUAUCCAGCACCCCGAGAAACCUGGCUGUGCUGUCCUUUUGGAAAACAAGAAGGGCAACAACGACCCCCUGAAGAGGAUUUGCUGUCGGUGUGGAGCCACGUACUCUGUCAACAAAGCUGGCAAGCACACCCGCACAGAGGAGUGCAACUAUCACUAUGGGAAAGGAGUGGAGAACCGAGUGCCAGGUGGGGUGGAGACUCGCUAUAGCUGCUGCCAGGGAGUCAUUGGAGCGCCUGGUUGCCAAAUCUUUAAGUUGCACGUCCACGAUUCCCUUGCCAUGGAUGGAUUUGUGGCGACCGUACGCAGUCGACCCGCAGAUAGCAGAUGCCCUGGCGUCUACGCGCUCAACUGUGAAUUGUGUUACACUAUUUACGGGUUGGAGCUGUCACGAGUGACUGUCGUGGACUCAAGCCUCCAAGUGGUCUAUGACACAUUUGUCAAGCCGCACAACGAGGUCAUCGACUACAACACCAGAUUUUCAGGCAUCAGUGAGCAGGACGUGAGGGGCAACCACACUUCUCUGGCAGAGGUGCAGAAGACCUUAUUGAGCUUCAUCAGCGCUGACACUGUUCUGAUCGGGCACGGCCUGGAAACCGAUCUUUGUGCCCUGAAGUUACUCCACGGUAUGGUGGUGGACACGGCAGUGGUCUUCCCCCACCGCCUGGGCCCCCCACACAAGAUGAACCUCAACAGCCUCACGGCCGAGCACCUGACCAGGAUCAUUCAAGAGAGUGUGUGCGGCCAUGACACGGCAGAGGAUGCCGCCGCCUGCAUGGAGCUCAUGCUGCUGAAGGGCAAAGAUGGCAAAGUCAAAAAAUGA